UGACUGACUGAGGAGGGGUCAGAGUCCAGCUGUAAUUACAAUGAACACUUUGACGAAGUCUGUUUCCCACCGAGCCACCAGUCUCUGAGAACCUCGUCUGACCAGACAUGAUGUUCGGCCGCCUGCUGCUUGCCUGUGUGUGUUUAACCCCGGUGGAUCCAGUUCAGGCUACCUACAGACUUGUUCAGGUUGCAGAAGAAGCACAUUUUGCAGAGACGUUUGACUCAGAUCCUCUAGACAGGAGAUGGGUCCAGUCCAAGGCUGUGAAAGCCACAAAUGCUGAGGCUCUCAAAUACGAUGGCCAAUGGGUGGUGGAAGAGCCAGCGGCUGCAAUGUAUCCUGGGAACCGAGCACUGGUGAUGAAGUCAUCAGGACGACACCAUGCCAUCGCUGCCUACCUACACACACCCUUCAGCUUCAUACACACACCGCUCUGCCUGCAGUAUGAGGUGAGGUUCGGGAGAGAUGUAGAGUGCAGUGGAGCCUACAUCAAACUCCCGACUCAGACCCAUCUGCUACGACUGAGCCAGUUCAGUGAGUCCACUCCGUACUCGGUGAUGUUUGGUCCUGAUAAGUGCGGCACCAGCCAUCGCCUCCAUCUCAUCGUCAGGGUAACGGACUCUAGCAACGGCCGUAACCAAGAGAUACACGCCCCCCAACCCGCCGAUGACCUGACGGUGUACUUCACCGACCAACAACCACACCUCUACACACUACAAUUGUAUCAAGACAGCAGGUAUGAGAUUUUCAUUGACCAAUCGCUGAUCAGUCAAGGCCGCCUGCUGACAGACGAAGUCCAGUACACAGAAUCCCCUGACAGCCAACCAGAGUCCCCGGUGUCUGGGUUAGGGGCGGGGUCAGUCGCGGCGCUGGGUCUGGAACUGUGGUCAUUGUCGGGGGAAGUUAUGUUUGACAAUUUUCUGUUGACUGAUGACCUGAAGCUGGCUGAAAGAUGGACACAGGACACCUGGGGACGGAAACAACCCGGCCUGUUGGAGCGACUCCUGAUAGCAACUAACUCUCGUCCCUGGCUCUGGGGGGUCUACGUCUUCACGGUGGGAUUACCCAUCAUCCUCUUCAUCAGCUACAUGUGGCCGGACAAGAGAUUCGGCCCCCCUGACCAGGACUACUACUAUAAGAAGUAUGAUGAACCACAGCCAGACAGACAACCAGAAAGAGACCAGCCAGACAGACAACCAGCGAGCGACCAGCCAGACAGACAACCAGAGAGAGACCAUCCAGACAGACCAACCAGCCUCUCAGACUAUGGUGCGGUGAGCAGAGAGGGGGCCAGGAGGAGAGAAACUCGGAAGGUUCAGAGGAAGUCCGACCUGGAGGUUGAGAAUGAGAGACAUUCCCUAACCAGCCUGAAGACUAACCGACCCUAACCAGCCUGAGGACUAACCAACCCUAACCAGCCUGAGGACUAACCGACCCUAACCAGCCUGAGGACUAACCGACCCUAACCAGCCUGAGGACAACUAGAGCUGUGGCGGGCACGACAUUUCAUCAGCCAGUGAUUGUCAAGUAAAUAACUGUCGUUCUCACGGUUAUUGCCCCUGAUACAGACCUUUGGAACAUCUACAUUUUAAAAAGUAUAAUAAAUCCAUGUAAUAUAGCCUACACCAUCAAAAAUAAAUCCAUUAUUUAUUUUAGACAGGUCUAAAGAAACAUGA